AUGAGCCCGUGCUCUCCUCCCCUCUCCGCCUGCUUAUGGUCUUUCUCCGCUCCUGGGCUGUCAGAUGGGAUAAAAUACACCCGGGCGCGUGGAGCUCGGCGCUGCCGCGAGGGAGCGGGGGGAGCGGCGGAGGGCAACGGCGACGGCCGCCGGGUCGGCCGGGUCCGGCCGGCCGGCGCCGACAACGCCAGCCAGGCGUACUACACCGCCCUCAUCAACGUGACGGUGCUGAACCCCGAGCGGGGCGGCCCCACGCUGCUGAGGAUCGACCGCGGCCGCUACGGGCAGGAUUCCCCCAAGGUGGAGGUCAAGGGCCUGCUGGUGGCUCCCGUGCCCAUCAACGGAGUUGCAGAUCGCCUGGGCUGUGACCCUCGAACACGUUUCCAAGUUCCACCAAACACCAAGCAGUGGAUUGCUUUACUGCAGCGAGGAAACUGUACGUUUAGAGAGAAAAUACUGCGAGCAGCUUCACAUAAUGCCACAGCUGUGGUCAUUUACAACAAUAUAUCCAGUGAAGAACCUGUCACAAUGACUCAUCAAGGAACUGGAGACAUUGUUGCUGUCAUGAUUACAGAAUCAAAGGUUAAGGAGAUCCUGAAUUACUUGGAAAAGAAUAUCUCUGUCCUGAUGGCAAUAGCAGUGGGGUCCCGUGUUCCUCCGAAAAACUUCAGUCGGGGCUCUCUAGUCUUUGUGUCAAUAUCAUUCAUUGUUUUGAUGAUAAUUUCUUCAGCGUGGUUAAUAUUUUACUUCAUCCAGAAGAUCAGGUACACAAGUGCACGUGACAGGAAUCAGCGUCGUCUUGGAGAUGCUGCCAAGAAAGCCGUCGGUAAAUUGACAACCAGGACAGUAAAGAAGGGUGAUAAGGAAACAGACCCAGACUUUGAUCAUUGUGCUGUCUGCAUUGAGAGUUACAAGCAGAACGAUGUUGUUCGCGUUUUACCGUGCAAGCAUGUUUUCCACAAAGCCUGUGUGGAUCCAUGGCUUAGUGAGCACUGUACAUGUCCAAUGUGUAAACUGAACAUUUUGAAGGCACUGGGAAUUGUGCCAAACAUGCCAUGUACGGAUAACGUCGCCUUUGACAUGGAAAGGCUCACCAGAGGCCAGCCAGCUAGCAGGCGCUCCGCGCUCGGCGAUUUUGCCAACGACAGCUCUCUCAGCCUGGAGCCCCUGCGCACCUCUGGGAUGUCACAGCUUCCACAGGACGGGGAGCUAACGCCAAGGUCAGGAGAGAUCAACAUUGCUGUGACAAAAGAAUGGUUUAUUAUUGCCAGUUUUGGCCUCCUCAGUGCCCUUACACUCUGCUACAUGAUCAUCAAAGCCACAGCUAGCUUGAAUGCUAAUGAAGCAGAAUGGUAUUGAAGAAAUGCUUUCUGACCGAUUGCCUUGGAGAGAGACACCUAUUUUUAUGCGUCAUUUAUCGAUCAUGCAGCACAAGCAAUUAUUUAGUACAUUCUAUUUUUUCAUAAAAUUUGCUGAUGCCAAAGCUUUGUAUUAAGAAAAAAGUGAAGAAAUAAAAAAAACUUUAAUUAUGAAA